AAGCUAGAAAUUCUUGAUCAAAAAGCGAUCAAGACGCUUGGGAUGAACUUGCUUUUAGCGGUUAACGCCGGUAGUCCGGUUGAACCGCGCCUAGUCGUAGUUGAGUACUCGGGCGCUCCCGAGAGCCCGGAAAAAAUUGCUUUGGUCGGUAAGGGGAUUACUUUUGACAGCGGUGGUUAUUCGCUCAAACCGAGCAACUUUCAAAGCGGGAUGAAGUUUGACAUGUCGGGCGCGGCGGCUGUUUGCGCCGUAAUGAAAGCGCUGGCGGAACUUGGCCCAGCCGUGAACGUAGUUGCGAUCGCUUGUCUAACCGACAACCGGAUCGGGAAAACAGCCACUUUGGUUGAGUCGGUUGUUCAAUCUCUAAGCGGUAAAUUCGUUGAAAUUGAAGAUACCGACGCCGAAGGUCGCUUAGUUUUAGCCGACGGAAUUUCCUACGCGAUCAAAUUUAAAAACGCCAGCGAAAUUAUUGAUGUGGCGACUUUAACCGGAGCGGCCAGUCGGGCACUCGGACCUUGGUUUACCGGCAUGAUGGCAAAUGACGCCCGUUUGAUGGACAGACUUGGUCAAGCGAGUCAAAUUUCUAAAGAAAGACUUUGA